AUGGAAACGCUAUGGAGGACUGCUCUGAUCUGCUCUUUGGUUGUCGUCAUGGUUGCCGCAGAGGUCGCAGGAGGUCGCAGAGAGGAGUUUGCACAGUCACAAGCUGCCUUCCUGUCCAGUCUUGGCCAGUAUGAAAUUGCAAUUCCAGUACGUGUAGGACCCGAUGGGGAGACGCUACACACAAAAUCCUCUCAGUACCACAGAAGAAGACGCAGCACAGAAGAAAAGACACCAUCUGACACCUCACUGUACUACCAGCUGUCUACGUCACACAACAACUUCCUGCUGAACCUGACUCUGCAGGGAGGCCUACUGUCCCGCCAGUUUAGGGUGGAGUACUGGAAAAGAGGCAGAUUAGCUUGGAGUCACCCUUACUCUGCCCACUGCCAUUAUAUAGGACACCUACAGGACCAGCUGCAUUCUAGCAAAGUGGCCCUCAGUAACUGUAACGGCUUGCAGGGGGUGAUUUUUGCUGGGGGAGAAGAGUACCUGAUUGAACCCCUUAUUUCACCAGCUAACCAAACCAGGCCAGAAAGAGGGGACCGAGCCGAGGGGCGCCCCCACGUGGUUUAUAAGCGCUCAUCCCUCCACCAUCAGUAUAAAGGCCAAUCUUGCGGCGUGAUUGAUGAAAAGUCAAUCAAGAGCUCAUCAUGGUGGCAGAGGACGCUAAAGACGCCUCCCCAUCAUGUUGGUCGUGGCCAGUUGCCACUGAAGCGCUCGGUGAGCUGGGAACGCUAUGUUGAGACGUUGGUGGUAGCUGACAAGAUGAUGGUGGGAUACCAUGGUCGUAAAGACAUUGAACAGUACAUCUUGGCCCUUAUGAAUAUUGUUGCCAAACUGUUCCAGGAUUCUAGCCUGGGGAAUGCAGUCAACAUUGUGGUGACACGGCUCAUUCUUCUCAUGGAGGACCAGCCUACAUUGGAGAUUAAUCACCAUGCAGGCAAGUCUUUAGACAGCUUCUGCAAAUGGCAGAAAUCUAUCCAGCAUCGGAGCAGUUAUGGAAAUGCUAUCCCGGACAAUGGCAUCGCUCACCACGAUACUGCUGUACUCAUCACCAGGUAUGACAUCUGCAUCCAAAAAAACAAGCCCUGUGAAACAUUAGGUCUUGCGCCUGUUGGAGGAAUGUGCGAGCCAGAGAGGAGCUGCAGCAUCAACGAGGAUAUUGGCCUCGGAACAGCUUUUACUAUUGCCCAUGAAAUUGGACAUACGUUUGGAAUGAACCAUGACGGUGUUGGUAAUACGUGUGGGCCCGGUACCCAGGAGACGGCCAAACUGAUGGCUGACCACAUCACCAUGAAGACGAACCCAUUCAUCUGGUCGGCCUGCAGUAGAGAUUACAUCACCAGCUUUCUGGACUCUGGUAUGGGAGCCUGUCUGAACAACGUUCCCCCAAAGCAAGAGUUUGUGUACCCCACGACGGCCCCAGGUCAGGCCUAUGACGCAGAUGAACAGUGUCGCUUUCAGUAUGGAGUCAGAUCUCGACAAUGUAAAUACGCAGAGGUCUGCAGUGAGCUUUGGUGCAUGAGCAAGAGUAACCGAUGCAUCACCAGUAGCAUUCCUGCCGCCGAGGGAACCAUUUGUCAGACCAACACCAUUGAGAAAGGGUGGUGCUACAAGAGGAUCUGCGUAGCAUAUGGGACACGUCCAGAAGGUGUGGAUGGGGGCUGGGGACUCUGGUCACCUUGGGAAGAGUGCAGCAGAACCUGUGGAGGUGGCGUGUCCUCCUCUAUGCGAUACUGCGACAGCCCGAGGCCAACCAUUGGUGGAAAGUACUGUCUGGGAGAAAGAAAGCGCUACAGAUCCUGCAAUAUUGAUGACUGCCCUAUCGGCUCCAGGGACUUUCGGGAGUUGCAAUGCUCCAACUUUGAUAGUGUUCCUUUCAGAGGGAAGUUCUACAUGUGGAAGCCGUACAGGGGAGGAGGGGUGAAGACAUGCUCUCUGAACUGCCUGGCAGAGGGAUACAACUUCUACACAGAGCGUGCUCCAGCAGUAGUCGAUGGCACGCAAUGCAGAGACGACUCUCUGGAUAAAUGUGUAAAUGGCGAGUGUAAGCACGUCGGCUGUGAUCGCAUUCUCGCCUCAGAAGUUCGCGAGGACCGCUGUCGCAUCUGCGGGGGUGAUGGAAGCAGCUGCGAAUCUGUAGAAGGAGUUUUCAAUGAUUCUCUGGCAGAAGGAGGUUAUGAAGAGGUCAUCCGAAUCCCAAAAGGCUCAGUGUUCAUCCACUUCCAACAGCUCAACAUUUCUCUCAAUUACAUUGUGCUGAAGAGUAAGAACGAUCAGUCCUUCAUCGAUGGGAAGCUGGCCGCUGACACGCCACACAGGCUUUAUAUUGCUGGAACAACUUUCCACUACAGGCGACCCACUGAUGGUCCAGAAACACUUGAAGCUCUGGGACCAACAAAUAUGACCCUUGUUGUCAUGAUGAUGGUCCAGGAGGAGAACCCUGGACUCCACUAUCGUUUUAAUCCCCCUGUCAACCGGGAACCGCUGAUUGGUUUUGCCUGGUACCACACAUCCUGGUCACACUGCUCUGCUCUCUGUGCUGGAGGUGAGCAGAUCCAGCAGGUGGUGUGUCGGAAGCGAUCGGAUAACUCUGUUGUUUACAACCACUUCUGUGAUAAGAAGCACAAACCCAAAGAGAGGCGCAGAUUUUGCAAUACUGAGCCAUGUUCCCCAACUUGGUGGACAGGAGGGUGGUCGGAUUGCAGUCACAGCUGCAAUGGAGGCCUGAGGACACGCGAGGUGUUAUGUAAAAGGAGGAUAUCUGCAGUCGAGGAGAAGGUCCUUGAUGACUCUGCCUGCCCCCCGUCUCGCCCCUCAUUCACUGAACCCUGCAACAACCACAGCUGCCCUCCUGAAUGGAUGGCCCUGAAUUGGUCAGAGUGUACACCCAGCUGUGGUCCUGGCUACAGACACCGAGUGGUUUUGUGCAAGAGUGGGGAGAGUGGAGACAUUCUGCCAGACACCAAGUGCCCCAAGCAUGGCAGACCCACUUCAAGAGUGCGCUGCAACCUGAAGCGAUGCCCUCCGCCUAUGUGGGUGAUGGGCCCUUGGGGGGAGUGUUCUUCUAAGUGUGGACUUGGCCAGGAGAUGCGCUCUGUGCAGUGUCUAACUCACACCGGCAUGCCAUCCAGCGAGUGUCUAGAGCAUCUGCGACCUGCCUCCAUGCAGCAGUGUAAGAGCAAAUGUGACCUCAUUCUACCCAUCAGUACGGACAAUCCUGAAGAAUGCAAAGAUGUGAACACUGUAGCCUACUGCCCUCUGGUGCUCAGGUUUAAGUUCUGCAGCCGGCCCUAUUUUAGACAGAUGUGCUGCAAGACUUGCCAGGGACACUGA